GCAGGCGGCUGAGUUCGGGUGCCCUCCCUGGCUCUUCACAUGACUCCCACGGUCUGCAGCGGCUUGGACCGGGUGGAGGCGGAGGCCCAGGGGAGGGACCUGAGGGGCCCCUGCCCAGCCCCUUCACGCCCCGACCCCCAGCUCGGCCCCGCCUCGCCAUUUGCGCCCGCGGGGCUGAUAAAUGGCCCGUGCGCCACGCGCGCUCAGUCGGGCUCAGCUGCAGCUCAACUCGCCUGGGCGCUUCCCCCUUCCCGCCUCUCAGCUCUCCUAACGGUGGGGCCUCCACCCAUGGAGGAGGAGCAGACGUACCUGGAGCUCUACCUGGACCAGUGCGCCGCCCAGGAUGAUCUCGCUCCACCUGGGUCACCGCUGCUCAGCCCAAUUGUACCUGAUGAUGGGUACAUACCUAAUACAUCCAAUUCAGAGACUGUGUUUAAUUCACAUCUUCAAGAAGUCAAAGGAGCAUCUGGCCAUUUCUCAUCUGUGGAUCUUAGCUUCCUACCAGAUGAACUUACCCAAGAAAGUAAAGACCAGAGUGUUAUUAGAAGCAAGCAGGACAUCGAAGAAAAUUGUAAAACUCAAAGUCAGCAAAGUAGGUUGUCAUUACCCAGAGAACAGGACAUGGGUCUGGGGUUAAUCAAUGACAGCACUUUGUCAAAGUCCCAUUCACAAGCAUACCCUGGUGAUGCUGACUCAGUCCAGCCCUCUCCUGAGAAACCAAACUCCACGCCUCUGAUGUCCAUAACUCCCAUGACACCAGUGACCCCUGUUUCAGAAUGUUCUGGAAUUGUGCCUCAACUACAGAAUAUAGUUUCCACUGUAAACCUGGCCUGUAAACUGGAUCUGAAGAAAAUAGCUUUGCAUGCAAAAAAUGCAGAGUAUAACCCAAAGAGGUUUGCUGCUGUCAUAAUGAGGAUCCGAGAGCCCAGGACCACAGCCCUCAUAUUUAGCUCUGGGAAAAUGGUCUGCACGGGAGCCAAAAGUGAAGAGCAGUCUCGACUUGCUGCGAGGAAGUAUGCUCGUGUGGUGCAGAAGCUUGGGUUCCCGGCCAGAUUCCUCGAUUUUAAAAUACAGAACAUGGUUGGAAGCUGUGAUGUGAGAUUUCCCAUCAGGCUGGAAGGUUUGGUGUUAACCCAUCAGCAGUUCAGUAGUUAUGAACCUGAACUUUUUCCUGGCCUUAUUUAUAGAAUGGUAAAACCACGAAUUGUGUUGCUUAUCUUUGUAUCCGGAAAAGUUGUGUUGACAGGUGCCAAAGAACGUUCUGAGAUCUAUGAAGCAUUUGAAAACAUCUAUCCUAUUCUAAAGGGUUUUAAAAAAGCCUGAGUACGUCAUUCAACCAUUCAGCAUCUCAUAAUAUAUUGGUUUGAGAAUGUGCAUAAGCUCAGCACACAAACACGCACAUUUUGACUUUAUUUGUUAAAGGAUGAUUCUAUAUGAGUAUUCAUGCCUAAAAACUAAAGAAACUUCUUUUUCAAAAUGACACCCAUAUUACUUUGAAAAUUGAACAAGUAAACUUUUCAGAAUAUGAGAGAUUAAUGGCCUUGCUAGAAUGAUAAUCAUGUUUAAUCAUCAAAAUGUAAUGUUCUGCUAGAGAUGUAGUAUAUUAACAUGUUCCCCGCAAAUAUAUAGCGAUAUAUAGAAAUUUCAGAUAACUGCCUAGACUAGAUCAUAACUGCAACAUCACAUAGCAGGAUAGAAACUAAUGUGUCUAUUUUUUUUUCCUUUUAAAAUAUCUUUGUGCUUGAAAUGAUAGAGGAAAUUAUUCCUCUUGUUUAAAAAUAAACUUUCAGGAACCA